GCGACAAGCAAACAUAAUCACAAUCACAGCGUGACGGCACGUACACGUUCCCUGACGUCAUCACGUCGCGCACUGUGUCGUUGUUUGUCGCACGUAAACCUGACAGCUACUUUCAGGUGUAAUAACAAUGGAGAACAAUACUGGAGAGGACCUAUACCCUCCAAAGGUGAUCCCUCAAACGCAGCAGCUGUGUCGCUUCUUCUCUCAAGGAAGACACUGCAACUUUGGUUCCAAGUGCAGAUAUGUACACAUAAGGGAGGAUUCAAGAUUUGACAAAAAAGAAACAACCAGGACUUCUGAUCAGGCCGACAACCUGUCACUAUCUCAAAUGGGUCUUGACGGAAAUGUCGAGAACAGGCCUCCAUUUACGACCAAGUCCAAGGCGGCCUCAGUUUCUGGACGACGCGCAUGUCGCUACUUUUUAUCAGGGCACUGCACCAUGGAGGACAGGUGUCGCUUCUGGCAUCCACCACAGCUGACCUCAGUGGAUGACAAUGUUGUGUCUGGAAACCAGACCAGUUUUACACAAAGGAGAGUGCCGGUACCUCGUCCAAACACCCUUCGGGAGGUCAAGCUGUGUGACCUAACAGAGGAUGUGGCCAUGCAGCUACGAGACACUGAGAUCAAGCAGCUGAAGAGACGUUUUCCCAAAGACAGUCUCAUAAUUCAAGAACGAAGCGAUGGCAAGGUUACUUAUUACAGAGCCACUGUGGAAGCAUCAGAUCCAGACUGGCCUUUUGAUUUGAAAGAAAUAGACAUCACAGUGAGCUUUCCAGACACGUACCCUAAGGAGAUUUUCACUCUGGAUAUUCCAUUGGAUCAGGAUCUGCCUUUAGUGAUGGGAAGGCACGUACAGCAAGCGUCACUGGAGUGGCUUCAAGCAAAGCAUGCAACCAAUCAACUCCUUGGCAAAGUCGAGCUGCUCUUCCGCCCUUUUCUCUGCUGGCUUGAUCGCAGUUUGGAGAAGCUUUUCACAGAGGGAGCCAGACAGUUGAAAAAGGACAUUGAUUUAGAAAAGGCUGGGUUACAGUUCAUACCCUAUCAGGAUCUGCAGGCAGCAGUAUGUGAAAAAACAGAGGACAAUGAUUCAUCGGACGCUGCAGAUGUGGAAGAGGAAGGCAGUGAUGAAGGGAGAACAGAAACGUUAGACGCCGACAGAGUAGUCGGGGAAGGGCAAGGUUGUAAGCAAAAGCAGGACGAAAACGAGGAUGCCAGUCACUUGGUGGAAAAUAUAAAGAUCAGUGACGUCCGCCGAGGCACAGAAGUAAGGCUGCUUGGCCUGAGGCUGGGAGAGAACACAGCCACUGUGGUCAGCGAGUACAUCACUGUUUGCCUGCAAUGCAACAGGUGUAAGGUGACAGCAGACCUUGCGUUGAAUGGAAAGACUGCCUGCGCAGCUCAGUGUGAAAAGUGCAAUGCAAGCAUCAGCGCUGCGUUCAGACCGUGCAUGCUGCACCAUUACAGCGACGUCUUGGGAUACCUGGACCUCCAAAACGCUGUUCCCUCUGACCUUGUGCUUCAAGAGUGCCAUCUCACUGUGGGCUGCCUAAGCUGUUCCCAGGAAAGCUCUCUGCAGAACCUUUGCUAUGGUCAAACAAAGGAGGCUAACUGUGAGAACUGCCACGGCAAGCUAAGUCUCUUGGCUGAGAGCGCCAGAUUCCAAUACAUUCAACCACGCAGCAAAACAGGUCCGAGUGCUCGAUCCGUUAAUUUGAAGACAGUCAGAGAUCCUGCUGUACAAAAAGGGAAACCCCUACCAGAAAAGGGGGCAUGCAAACACUACAAGCAGAGCCAUCGCUGGUUAAGGUUUCCAUGUUGUGGCCGUGCUUACCCGUGUGACGUGUGCCACGAUGAGGACCAGGACCACCCCAUGGAGCUUGCCACCAGGAUGAUCUGUGGCUACUGCGCCAAAGAACAACCGUACAGCAACGGGAAGCCUUGCAUCAGCUGUGGGAGCAUGAUGACCAGAGGCGCCAACACCAGCCACUGGGAAGGAGGACUGGGCUGCAGGAACAAAGUCAAAAUGUGCAGAAAUGAUCGGCAGAAAUAUGCCAACAGUAAUAAGACGGUUUCAAAGAAGGCCAGUGAAAAGAAGUAGAAUGAUUGUCUCUUUUUGUGAAGCUGCACGCAAAAAAUCAUUAGUUCAACAAGUUUAUCAUUUCCACCAAUAAAUCAUGUUGUAAUGAU